AAUGGGCGGGGCUCACACACGUGUUUUCUGCAGCUGGCUGCCGGUCAGAAAGAGACAGUUGAUGAGGAGACAUGGCAAAGGCCUCAAGCUCACCGGUUGGCGACGACGAGCUUCGGUCCGAAUUGAAGCGGCUAGGUUUCGAGGCGGGCCCGAUCACGGACACAACGAGACAGAUCUACACAGGCAAACUGAAGCAGCUGAAAACGAAAACGAGCGACUCGCCGCCGCUGCUCAAGCCGGCGCAAAGCCCUGUCUCUCUAAAAGAUAAACCGCAGCUCGGAUCCCAAACGCAGUCCGUUGCCACGUGCUGCAGCAGCGGAGGGGUUUCAACAACCACAAAAAAGUCGGUGUCACGUGAGACUGGUACCCAACACUCGUCAUCUUCAACCACCCAGCCUUCUUCCCUGCCCCUCCCUCAACCCCCUCUCUCCUCAAACUCUGUCAUAUCCCAACUGCUACAAUCACUCAACAAUGGCAGCCAUCUUGCCUCUGACACGGCUUUCCUCUUCCCGAGUGGAGAGGUGUUUCUUGCCAGUCGAUCCAUCCUAUCAACCCAGUGCCUUGACCUACUCCCCAUCCUUUACAACAGAGAAGAUGUGUUUGUGGUGAAUGUGAGCACACUCAGCGGGCACACUUCGAGGUUCUUCGUGAGACCGAGUGAGCUAGUGAGAGACCUGAAGGAGAAGAUUUCACUGGUCGAAGCCGUCUCAGUUCCCGAACAGCGGAUCUUCUUUGACCAGACUGAGCUCGCGAACGAGACUCGAAUCGGUCACACUGCCAUGGCAGACGGAUGCGUGGUGCACCUGGUUGUGAACCCUCUCUCCCCGUGUGAGAAAGAACAGCAGGACACUAUGUAUUUCUCGUCCUCCGUCAGCCCCGCCCUCUCUAUCCACCAUCUCUGUCUCAGUGUCGGUCUUGAGCAACUCAUUCCCUUGGGCGGAGCUUUGCAUCACCUCCGCCCGCCCCGCCUACCACUCCCACCUCACAUAUGUCACAUAGUACAUGUGUACGACGUGCCGUAUCCUGCCUGGGCAGUGUUUGUUCACUUCCUUUACUCACAGCAUCUCAGAGAAGACACAGGUCUGGAGGUGAGCGUGUGCUGCAGUGUUCUGGGAGAAAGGUUUAGGCUACCAGGCCUCGUCGGUGCUGCCUUGGGACUAGUCCAGCAGAAACUGACCCCCAACUCUGCCACUCUCCUCCUUCAGUUUGCCGACAGCAUCAGCUCUGACCCACUCAGACAGGUGUGCCUGGCGCACCUCAGAAAAUCUCAACAAGCCCUCAAGACUUGAAUAAUCACCACUGAGGACUCUCCAAGAGUACUUGUGCUCCACUGGACUCUCUAAGAGUGGUAUUAGUGCCAAAAUGCACCGUAAAUCUCACAUCGUCUUGUGGCAGUUGUAUAAUUAUAUGCUGUAUUGUGUCUGGUUGCCGUGGAAUAAGAUACAUUCCAGGUUUCCGUGGCAAAUAAUUCCUAAGUUGAA